UUCUUUGAUUAUAUUUGUUCUUUUUGACGAGUUUCUUCUCUCUUUUUUUCUUGCGUUUCCCGCAAAAAAUAACUGCUCGUUUUAUUCUCAGAUUUUCCUUUAGAAAAAAAGGAAAGAAAUUGUCGGUGAAUUGCGAAAACUCGUCAUAGCAUUUUCUUCAUCUUCUUUAGAUCGAACCAGGUUCGUAUGGUUGCAAAGUAGCCUCAGUAAUUGACUUCAUUACCAUUGAUUGUGCCGAUUUCGAAGUUUGCUAUUAUUGCCCAGUGAUUAGUUAUGUUUAGUUGGUUCUAAUGAAAAUCAGCAAGUUCGUUUUUGGUGGAAAAGUUGUGUUUGUCACCAAUGGGUGUGAACUACUUGGUGAUCUCAGCGUUCUCUACAGCUUUAAGCUUUAUAGCUCUUCGACUUCGGACAGAAUUUUCACUGGAUAAACUUCAAACUGAUGGGUUAAUUACUGGGAAUUUUAUUCAUACGGAAAAUGUCAACCAUGUACUUGAGCUUCUUUUGGGUUCUUACUCCAUGGCUCUGCUGGCAAAUUUUGUGCUCAAUGUAUUUAUUCUAGUCAUCCUUACUCUAAAGACUGUAUUCUUUGGUCAGUUAUACCCUUCAGAAAUUCGGAAAUUAAUAGAACGCAUUAUCAACUAUGUUAUCUACAAGGGGACCUUUUUACCAUUAGUUAUUCCACCAACAAUAAUCCAAGCAGGUCUUUGGUUAAUCUGGUUGACUGUUAUAUGUUGUCUAAAGAUGUUUCAAGCUUUGGGCAGGGAUAGACUUGAGCAUUUGAAUGCAUCUCCUUCCGUUACACCGUGGGCAUACUUUCGUGUCUUUUCAGUGUUUCUCUUUGUCCUAUCUUUCAGUUUCUUCUGGAUAGGGCUGAGCUUUGUGCUAUACAAAACACUGAAUCCGUCUAUGUUUCUGCUGUUGUUUUUUGAGCCUCUCAGUAUUACUUUUGAGACCAUGCAGGCAAUUUUGGUUCAUGGGUUUCAGCUGCUUGAAAUAUCAUUCCAUGCAGUGGGCAACACUGUAGAUUGCCAAAGAUCAAAACUAUUUGAUUUAUCAGUUGCAGAUUCGUUUUGGGAAUGGAAGGGCAUUCUUAUUCGCAAUCUAGGUUUCUUCCUUGACUUGGCAACACUGAUAAUGGCAGUUGGCCAUUAUGUGCUUAUUUGGUGGCUUCAUGGCAUGGCAUUCCAUCUAGCAGAUGCAGUUCUUUUCUUGAAUAUACGCGCAUUGCUAACUGCAAUUGUGAAACGAAUAAAGGGAUUUAUCAAAUUGAGAAUGGCACUAGGUGCUCUUCAUGCGGCACUUCCUGAUGCAACAUCUGAAGAGAUACAGGCAUAUGAUGAUGAAUGUGCCAUAUGUCGGGAAUCUAUGGCCAAGGCUAAAAAGCUUCAUUGUAAUCACCUUUUUCAUCUUUCUUGCUUGAGAUCUUGGUUGGACCAAGGCUUAAAUGAAGCUUACUCAUGUCCAACAUGUAGAAAGCCACUUUUCCUGGGCAGAACUGAAAAUGAGGUGAAUUCCCGUCAAAUAAAUCCUGGACUUGAUCGGCAAAAUAUGCCUGGUCACACUUUAGCUACCGGAGUAUUCCCAAAUCAAAUGCAGAACCCAGUGGAGGGCAGCCCUUGGAGGUUUGGUUCCUUUAAACUAGUCUCCCUAGCUUGCCUUGAAAUAACAGUGUGUUGUACUUUCAUUUUGAACAAUCAUUUAAUCUAGAAGUUAGUAUUAAAGUAUGAUUCAUUUAGUGCCCUGAGUAUCACUGGAAUUCUUUCGUUGUGCAUUGAAUAGUUUAUGGAUUUUCUGUUAGUGAGGGUCAAAGGUGGUUUGCCCCAGCUUGUUUUGAAAUAACCAUGUGUUGUACCUUCUGUUUGAACAAUCAUUUAGAAGUUCGAAUUGAGAUGGGAAACUUUUACUCUUGAUCCUGAUUACAAAGGAAUUCUUUUAUUUUUUGGGUAAUAAGUAGUUCAUUUAUUGAGGUAGGGUUAAACUGGUGGUCUGCCUCCUUUCUUUCUCAAGGAAGGAAUUAAUUUAGGUUUGGGGGAAUGGUAGGUGGGAUUUUGAUGGACUUCAACUCCAUUAGCAGCAAACUGCUGCCCUACAUCUGCUGCUGUUAUCACUCCAUAUCCAUGUCCUUAAAGAGAAAGGUUCCUCUGGUUUUAGAAAGAAGUAAAUUGCAUCGCAUGCAUUAUUUCUUCUGUUGAUGCAGGAGUCAGAAGGGAGAUGGCAACUUUCAGAUGCCUAAGAUAUAAUGUUUGUUGCAAACCCAAAAUUGAUUUUGGAAGUGAGUUGGAAAUCUUGUUCUCUUUGUUGUUCUUCAGGAUGCUUAUUGAUAUAUAUUAUUUGGUUUUUGUAGGAGUGCAGGACUGGAUUCUGGAUGGCCGCAUUCUUGACCAACCCAGAGUGUUGAUGGAGCAGGUCCUUCUACCGGUGUUGGAUCUGUCGGACUUGGGAGAGUUCAUAUGAUGAUGAGGCAUCUUGCAUCUAUCGGAGAUACUGCUGUUGAACAUACUGCUUGGAGCCCCUGGUCCAUGAAUCCGUCUCAGGCCGCUGCAUCUGUUUCAUCAGUUCCACCAAAUGUCGGUGGAAGAUACCCUGGAAAUGCUGGCAGUUUACGUAUGAGGACUACCCCAAGUACAGGAAAUGGCAACAUAGCAAACAUACUUGCUAUGACUGAGACUGUAUGAGAGGUUUUGCCACAUAUCCCAGAUGAGAUGAUUAUUCAGGACUUGCAGAGAACAAAUUCUGUUACUGACACAGUGAAUAAUCGUCUUCUCCAAAUGUGAUGAUGUGCUGUAUCCUUGGACACAUGCUUCAUCCAUUCUAGUUCAUUAACAAAUAUCCUGGUCUUUUAGCAUAUGUGAUGCUGAUGCCAAUGGCAAUGCCAACCUUUGUGAGGUUGUUGGGAUCAGAGAAUGGCCGGUUCCUCUUAUAUAAAUAUAUGUUGAUGGUUGGUUGCGUGAAUAUGAAGGCAAGGUUGGUGAAUCAGAUGGUGUUAUGGAUAGAAAAGAAAGUAUGAGAAGUUAACAGUUGUAUUGGUUUUUGUUGUUGUUAUUGUUUUAAUGUGAAAAAUAGAAGUUGGUGAUCAGCAAUGAGUACGAGGGUUGGCGUUGGUAAUGCCAUUCACAUUGGUCUUGAAUCUCGAUCCUACCACAGCUGAAGCAGCAAAAGGAGAGAGAAAGGCGUACAUUGUUUUGUUAGAUGUUUGUAUGAGAAUGGUGGCAGUGGAUCCGAAACUCUCAACUUUACUUUGGGUUUUAAGUAGUAUUGUAGGGUUUUUUACAAAAUUAUUAUAAAUAAAAAAUAAAAAAUAACCAAAAUAUUAUAACUUUUUUUUA